AUGAUCUGCGACUCAGGCGAGGUCCGGUCCCAGGCGUCGGUGGGUUUCCUUUCCCACGGCGGGCCGCUGACGUGGUGCACCGAGUCCAUCUCCUCCGUGCACCGGGAGAGGCGCUCGGAUCGGGGCAGCCGCAGCCGCAGCCGCAGCCUUCCGGCAGCGCAGCCGGACCCUCCUACACCGGAACGGCCCUUGAUCGUGCUGGAUGAUGAUGAGCAGUCGCAGAAGCCGAUUCAACCCACAGACAUGCCCGCUCUGUUGCAGGAACUUUGGCAGCCCGACGAAGUGCACACACAGGACAGAAUUUGGCUGUGGUCGCAGAGCCUGCCAGCCACUGCAGACUCCACCAUCUCUCCGCCCUUCAGUGGCUGCGCGAGGCAUGCGAUAGAGGCCAGCCUCACUCCGCAGAAGCCCCGGCUACGAGAGGCGCUGCUGGAGCUGCCGAUGGCCGGGCAGGACUUGCUGCUAGCGCAGCAGGAAGAUGAGGAGAGGGAGCAGAGCGGGUCAGUCUGGCAUGCAGAGCAGGCGGAGCAGGUGCAGGUAGAGCGCGUUGAGUCGGUAGAAAAGGCAAACGGCGCGGAGGAGAGCGGGACAGUCCGGCGUGAAGAGCAGGCGGAGCAGGUCCAGGUGGAGCGCGCUGAGUCGGUAGAGAAGGCAAACGGCGCGGAGGAGAGGCGGCCAGUUUUGCAUGCGGAGCGGGUGGUUCAGGCAAAGAGCGCAGAGGUGUUCCGCCAAGUGCUUCAUUCGAAUUUCAGAGAGGAGGGGCCAGCCCGGCGGCUGGAGCAGGAGAGGUGUUCCGCCAAGGACUUGACUCGAAUUGCAGAGAGGAGGGGCCAGCCCGGCGGGUGGAGCAGGAGAGGCAGCCAGUUCUGCAUGCAGAGUCCCUUCAGGCAAAGAGCGCAGAGGCGAUGA